AUGACCAAAGCAGGAUCAAGAGAGAUGGGUCGAGAGCCUACGUCUGAAGAGCAGGAACCGCCUGUCUACGAGCAAGGUGUCAACUCACCCUCGCGAUCCGGCGUCGCAGAUAUCGCGGAAGCGCUCGAGGUUGAAGAGAUCGAUGCAGAUCUAUACAAGUCGCUCACGCUCUGGAAGCCUGCUCGAGCACGAGGCGUGUUCGGUGGACAGGUAAUCGCACAAGCCGUAGCAGCGGCCAACAAGACCGUUCGAGAAGGGAUGCUGCUCCACUCGCUCCACAGCUACUUCCUUCUCGCCGGUGAUGAAACCCGUCCCAUCAUCUACCAGGUCAGCCGCGUUCGUGACGGUGGAUCCUACGUCACACGUUCCGUCAACGCCAUACAGAAGGGCAGGUCCAUCUUCACCAUCAUCCUGAGCUACCAGAAACCCGAACCGCACGAACCCACCUUCGCCAUCCCACUCCCCUCCCUCGAUACUGACGGCAAGUUCCUACUCGAGUCGAUCACCGGAUCUCACGCUACCGGGAAUCACUCUGCCAAAGCGAUCAACUUUCGCGCUCUCCCCGGUCCCGACGACUGCCCUCUCAACGAGAAACGAUACCAAGAAGUCCUCCUCCACGGCAACCCCGACCCGCGCGUCCGCAAAGUCCUCGAAGGCUGGAUCAGCGACCGACAAGCCUCUCCCGUCGAAAUUCGUGACGCCCUUCCCGGAAUGUACGACCGCAACGGAAUCCCCACCCCCGGCAACCAACAGGCCUUCUGGAUGCGUACCCGCAGACCCAUGGCUGGCGGUUUCGAAGCGCAAAAAGUCGCCCUCGCUUACGCUUCCGACUUUUACCUGUUGAGUACUGUGCCCAAGGCGUUGAACAACAGCCGCAGGAUCAAGAUGAUGGCGAGUCUGGAUCAUAGCAUGUGGUUCUACCAGCCGUUUGAGGUGCACAACUGGUUGCUGUUCGUCAUGCAGACGCAGGCCGCGUCGAACGGGAGAGGCGUGGUGGUGGGGAGAAUCUAUAGGGAGGAUGGAACCUUGGUGGCGGUCGUUAGUCAGGAAGGGUUGAUUCGUGGCCAGGUGACGAACAAGCCUGCUGCGGCAAAGAGCGAGGAUUCGACCACAAAGGCCAAGCUUUGA